GUUGCUUACGCGGCGUGGCCUUAAAUUCAUUCGUUCGACACUUGGAUCUCGGAUCCUCGGUGGCUAGCGAUGGGCAACAAGAACUCGGCCUUUGAGACCAAGCUGAAAGCAAAGGAGUGGCAAUGGGAGCUUGGACGUGAGGCCAAACAUUUGGACAAGGAAAUUGCAAAGAUUCAGAAAGAUGAGGCGAAGUUGCAGGAGCAGAUUCGUGCACAGGCUCAGAAGGGCAAUGUUGACGCAGUGCAGCUUCUCGCCAAGUCAGUGGUGAAAACGCGAAAAGCGGUGCAAAGGCUUGAGAAGACCAAGGCUUCCAUGGAAGCCGUCAAGUUGCAGCUCACCACGCACAUGGCCUCCAUCAGCACCUCCCAAUCGAUCCGUCUCUCUGCGGACAUCAUGAAGAAGAUGAAUGCAAUUGCUCGAAUUCCAGAGGUUAGUGAGACAAUGAAGGACAUGCGAGAGCAAAUGGAAAAGUGUGCUGAUGCCGAGGAGAGCAUUGAAGAAGCUCUCAGAGAGGAUGGCGAAGAGAGCGAGGCAGCUGUCGAAGUGCAGAAGGUUCUGGAGGAAAUGGCCCUAGAUCAGCUGGGGCCACUGGCGCAAGGGCGUGCAGUGGCAGAGCCGGCCAAGGCAGCACCCGCACCUGAGCCCGAGAAGCCCCAAAAGGUCGCGGUGGCUGUGGGCGAGGAGCCGGAGCUGGUGAAGCCGGCAGCUCCUGCUGCUGCAAAGCCAGCACCUGCACCAGCUCCAGCCCCAGCCCCUGCACCAGCACCAGCAGCGCCGCCAGCAGAGGUCGCUCCACCUCCAGCGGCAGGAUAUGCAGACCCCACCGUGCCUGUGGCACCACCAGCUGUAGCACCAGCUGCACCAGCUGUGGCUGCAAAUGCUCCAGCAUCAGGUAGCAGCUUGGACGACGAUCUACUGCGUCGCUUGGAGAUGCUAAAAAAGCCAUGAGUCAAGGGCAGAAGGUGUGCCUUUGCGCAAACAAGGGUUUGCGCUCUUUUGCCGAAGAAGAAACCAUGUACAGGGCUUCGCCACUUCACCCGUGUCAGUCUGAUGCGGGGCUCAGUAUCACCAGGCUUCUGUGAACGGUCUAGCAAUUCUCGGCAUCACUUGUACACGCAAAAAUGGAUGUUUCCCAAUUCACAGAUUUCAAGUGACUUCAAGGUCUCCAAGCAGAAGCCGUUGUUCAAAAGUACAUAGGUUCCACGUCCUCAGUGAGGCUUGCGCCUGAGGUAAAUAGUUUCUAUCAUGUGCAGUGGGCGUGGUCGGGACGGUAGUGGUCCUUCCAAAACCCA